AUGGCUCGGGUCCUUGUGAAGAAGAAUGUCGCGACCGCUGUCAAACUGGCCAUUGGCGAGGAACCUCCUCAAGACCAGCUUGCGCCUGGACACAUGCGUCUCUUUAGCUACUACAAGCCAUCUCUAAAGGCUGGACUGUACGGAAUUGAAGCACAGCAAGCAGUCACCGUUGGCUCGGAUUCCUUACCUAUCUGGAAUUACGAGGGAGCUGAAGUGAAUUUGAAAAUCAACCCCAAGCCAGUCUUGAGACAGAAAUUCCAAGUGCAAGCUCCGCAGUUCAGUCUUGACCCAAAGCUCGUUAAUACUUUUUACCCCCCGGAUGGGCAUCAUGAUGAAGGUCGAAUCCUUCCCCACAUUGUUUUCAAUGAUCCUCAUGUGCCAUGGCUCCGUGAAGCUGGUGUGGCAUACAAAUUCUUGUCGGAUCCGAUUGACUUGGGCUCUGACGGCAAAGGGCGAAAUCUCGUUCCUUGGAUGGCAUUAGUGACCUUUGAUCCGGAGGAACUUUUGGUGACUCCAGUUGAUGCCAUUGACAUUGGUUUCCAUGUCCUUCCUUCCCCCGAAGCCACAUCUCUUGCUGGAUCGCGUACUCCAGAAACAAUAGACCCACCUAUGCCUGUCACAGUGAUAGCAUCUUAUGAUCCAGAGAAACUUCCAGCCAAUGGCGCCUAUCAAAUGACUGUAGGGGAAUACUUCACGAAAAUUCCCAAGCACAGGGUCUAUUUUGAAGCAGGGUAUGAAGGAAGUGGAAAGCAAGACUUUGAUGACCUGAAGGUGUCCGCCGAGAUGACAUCUGUAAUAUUCCCAAAGAUGUCAUUGGUAAAGAAAAUCCUCGGGUCCAGGGUGACUGCAAAUAUCCCGAAUGGCCAGGACGAAGACCGAAUAUUCGAAGGUCAGAAGUUAUUGUCUCAUGUGAGGCAGGUGAAUACCAUGGGCUUUCCUGACGCUGGUAUCGAAGAAGAAGGCUUUUUUUCGGUCGUCAUAUCUUCACGAACUGGAAGAGUCAGGUGUGACAAUCCUCGCGCCCAGGUUGUUCACCUGAUCUCUAUAGAACAUUACGACUCAACACUCAUGGACGAAAAGUCCCCCUUUCCAAAACUCAAGGAUGACGAGAAAAGAAUUGGACUUAUAUCACUGCAUUCUUGGGUCUACACCUGUAUCCCGCAAGCGGUUGACUUUGUCGACACUAUGGCAGCCAUAGCCACUGACAUGCAGCCGCUGAAGCCACCAACGCUCUCCCUAAAGGCUAUGCUUGACGUGAAAUAUCCAACGGCUGCGUUGCAGCAUGCAGCAAAAGUUCUUCAUGACCGACUUGAGAAGUCUUACACUCUUUCGAGAUGGAGAACCGCCACAGGUGAAGAAACUGUGGCGUUCAAUAGAGGCCCUCUUGUUGGUGCCUCCACCCCAACUGUGCCUGCCGCUGUUACACACAACUGGCCCAAAAUUUCCAUGACGGGGAAGGAUUACCAAGUUUUCGAUCGAGACAUCGGCAUCAUGGAUUUGACCUAUUCAUCAGCAUGGUCACUGGGUAAGGUUACUGCUAUCUCAGACUCGCCCUUCAAUGCCGCCCUCCUUCGAUUCCGAUCUAUGGUUUGGACAAAAGCUGCAUCAAACACACGCCUACUGACCAAUAAUAUCCCAAAGCCGAGAGAGGUGAUGGAAAGAUCAACAGCGAUGGUAAGCACUGUCCGUGGCUUCAGGCCAGAAACAUUCUCUGGGGAUGUUUCACGUAUCAGUCCACCCUCCACCAAUUCCGUCGCUCCACCACUGUCCGAUCCUGCUGUCGCUCCAAUAUUCGCAAAGGCCGUUCAGCUCACAAUUGAUCGAUAUGCUGGCACGGUCGGUGGCAAUUCUCUCUACAACGACUUCAAUUUGGACGAGGCUGCAAAUUCUGACUGGGAGCUGAUUCAUUCAUGGAUCAGUGAUUGCCUCUACUUGGCCCAUAUCCCAGCGCAUUAUCUCUUCCCCGAACCUUCUCAUAUUCGUGCGAGGCCAGAAACUGGAAAACCAAUUGCUCCAAAUCUUCCACCUGAGGCUCUUCGCUUUUUCUUUGUUGAUCAUUCAUGGCUCGAUUGUUUCAUCGAUGGUGCCCUGAGUUGCGCAAACCAUUUGGAACCAGACUACGAUUCCACUCGCCUGCGAAUUAAAGAUGUUUACAACUUCUAUCUAGACAGUCACAUCCAGCAUUUGAAAAACGUUUCACCUCCGGUACCUAGGUUUGGAUUUAUUUUCCGUUCGUCUGUCGUAAAAGCUAUACCAGAUCUCAAGAUCACUGUACUCUGUUGGAACUUUGAUCCUGUCACCAAAAGUUUCGGCGAGGAUCUUGACCAACCUCCAAGGAACCCGGUCGUAAGAUUAACCAAGAUGGAUGAUUUCACAAUUAUGUGUCUGAUGGACUGCCUACCUGAGGAGAUACACCAGAUUAAGAUCGCCCAACCACCGCAUCAGCAACGCUAUGCGAUGGGCUAUUCAUUGAAAGCUGAAGAUGGGAAGCCGAUCAUUUCCGAACUUCAGGUUAGGAUGCUUUACACCAACAAUGCUCCUGAAGGAACUGGAGAGAAAGCAGUGUGGCCUUUACUUCCAGGUCCUGGGACUGCCGCCAAUGAACAACCUCUCGAUGAAGUCCAAAAGAAUUACUACGAUGAGAAUACCAGGUUGAUAAAGCCGAUCACUAUUGCCGAUUCUGUGAACUCGAUUCUCUUGAGGUCCCAAAAGUACAAGGGAAUGUACACGGAUAAGGUUGCCAACGCAUGUGUUCUCGGGUUGGAACUCAGCGAUCCAUCUUAUUCACUCAUUAUAAGGCAGCCAAUACCAACUCGAGAGUCUCCCUUCCCAAAUUUUCGGCGUCAGCUUUGGACUGGGCUCAAUCGUGCUGCACCUGCGCAUGAGCCCAGGGGCCGCCUUUCCACUCAAAAUCUUCCUUCGGAGCCUUUGAUACGGUCUACAAGUACUGAUCCGAAAGACAUCAAGCUGCCGCCAACUUCACCACCAAGCAGCAGUGUACCAAAACUGCCAGGCCAGCCACGUCCAAAUUUGUCUUCUAUUGUGGUUAUUCCGUUCACAACCACUGGCACGCCUGGGCCAGGAACUAUCCCAGAACCUCAAUUCACGUUACUCGUGCAUGUUGAUUAUCGCACUCCCCCCCCAGCCCCGUUGAUAACGGGCAAUGGCCAGUUCUGCUAUGCGCCACUCGACUUUUUGCCAACCGACACCAAGUAUCUUUACGAUGUCAUUUUCGCGAUUAGACGCAGACGUCCCCAAGAGAAUCCUGGCUACAGAUUGCUAGAACUUCGAAUCGAGAUGCCCAUUUCCCCAGAUGACAAGGACUUGCCCGACAACAAAAACAUCACCCGCGAACCCCUAAUUCCGAUGGGAGGGUAUACCGGCCCAGGGGCUCGCAUGGUAAGGAACCAGCGCUUUGUUCCGACGUUGUAUAACUCUACAGAUGCAGCUGGCAAGCCCAUCCUCGGUGUCAAGCUGAUUCCAAGGUCUGGCAGACCAGACGCCACUAUCGAGCUUCGGAAUGACCAAAAGACAACCGAUGCCAGUAUCAGGCUUGCGGAGCUACCUAUUGCAAGAAUUGCUAAGCCGCAACUGAAGAACAUCGCUCAGAUUGAUGACAAAGGCAACGGGCUGAACAAGGUCAUAUUACAGCCUCGAGGAGUUGUGAAGUUGGUAUUACGAGAAACAUAUGUGAUGGCAGAUGGGAGUAAAGUCACAUGGGUGACAGACGGUGAGCCGAGGAAGGCAAGGCCCGGUGAGAAAGGCGCUCCGGUUCCGCUUUUGGUUCUGAAGAAGGCGGAAGGUGAUACGGAUUUCUAUAAUCAGGAGGUUUGACUGUACUCGAAAUAUA